CAAAAGCUACCAUCUUCAAGAUCUCGCAUCUCUCUGUUCGCCGCCGCUGCCGAUAUCCGCCGCUGCCUGAAUUCUCUGCGACUGAGCAGCCAAUUCCGCGUCUACUAGGGUAAAAAAAAAAAAGAUGGAUGAUGUGAUAACCGAUGUCCCGCCUCCGUCGAGGUUCUUGUUGGAUGAUUUGAACAACUUCGCUACUCCGCCGCCGCCCCUCCCGUCGCCAUUCCUCGUCUUCCCAUCAGCUGAUUCCGCAAAAAAGUUCUCGCCUUCGCUGCUCAUCAUCGCCAUGUCGACCCCAUCUCUCCAUUUCUUACACCACAUAUCCUCGAAAACAGUCGUCGGGACGCUAAUUCUCCCCGAAAUUCCGUUUUCUGGCAACUCAAUCGAACCGUCGCUUAAAGACAAGUCCUGCAACAUAUACACCCUCAACGACGACAGCGGCGGAUCGAUUAUGAUUGUCCUGGUUCAGUUCCCCGUAACUCCCGAAAGAGCCCAUGCCGUCGCAAAGCUGCUGAUCGGCGAAAGAAUCGUACCCGAGCGGGUUCUGAUUCUGGAUUCAAUUCGAAGCUCUAAUUUCCGCGGAAAGCUCGACCCUGACGAGACGAUUGCUUUCAAACUUGAGACAUCCUUGGAGAGAAAGAAUUCGGACAUCGGAGAAUCCCCGUUAUUCAAAACGCUCGAUUAUUAUCCUUCCGGAAGCGUCGUCGAUGGUCUCGCUGCGGCCUUAUUGAGUCGAUGCGAAGUUAGGAAGAUCAAGGCGACUUUGUGCGUUUCAUGGCCCGAUUUGGGGUUUCCCGUUAUGUCGCUCGUCAAAAUUUUGCUGCUCAAGAAUGCGCUGUCGGGUGUGAGUCACGCCGUCGAUAAGGACUAUGAAAUCGAGUAUUUGAAGAUGAGCCGGAGGAGGAAACAGGUCGAUUCUGACUUGUAUACAUGAUAUAGUAUCACGCAAUAUUCAGUUGUUUUUGUUUUUGUUUUGGUUUUUGUUUUUUUUUUGUUUUUUUUUUGUUUGGUGAUCGAGACUUGGAAGUGUUUAAACAUUAGGUUGUUUGGUUUUGAAUGUUUUGUACUUGUGUUAUGGCCUAUUUUGAUGAUAGGCUCGACUGAAAAGACAUUGAUAGAAUUUAUA